AUGGCAGCAGCAGGUGAGAAGAGAUUGUCCCAAGGUGUCCUCAACAGAGCUGACUUGCAGUUGGGCGUCCAAGCCUUCUUGCGGUGGGAUCCAGCACUCAAGGAGAAGAGCGCGUUCGAAAUGGAAAAUGCUCGUGAGGCUUUGAUUUUUUGCCAGCCUUUCUUCAAGGAAGACCGCACCAGGUCAUGUGCGCUUGCCUGUGCCAUCAUGUUUUUGACCAUCCUUCAGAUGACGCUGGACCGCCCUGGCACAGAGCCCACAGACUGUACAUGGACCGCUCACCUUUACACCAGGUCUGGACAAAUCCAGCCUAUGCAAGAGAAGAUCGAGAAAUGUCCAGCUUUGAUAUCGCGCGACUUGCUUGCAGGAAAGGUUGGUGAGUUGGAUAGCGCUGCUUCUUUUCUUUUGGGCGCCAUCAACGCCAUGCCUCAUGACCUGCUGCCCCAGGCGCCGCAUUUCGAAGGCUGUUUCGCUUGCCUGGACGACUUGUUGGUGCAUAUGAAGUUUCGACUUCACCAAAGUUCUUCUGCUAGUUAG